AUGCAAGAAAAGCUAAGGUUUGAACAAGACGGGAUAGGGCUGCAAGACGUGGCCAUCUCCGCAGAGACACUGACCACACAACGCUGGUCCCUCCACAGUUUGAUGGCUUUAGUAUCGUACAGACAUUACCCUGCUGUUCCUCCCUUUAUCCUGAAGGGCAUACUGGCCUCCACAAGGGCCCGGACAUCGGUCCCUACACGGUCAGUCCGUCACAGAGACAUGACGGAGGUGUGCGUGGACGUAAAGCAGGCCACAAGGCUUCGGAUCCGCUUCAGAAAGGACAGGGCGCUGAAGCAGACGCAGCACUGGGAGCUUACUGGGAAAACUGAGGCACCAAAGGAAUGA